AUGUACGACCCGAUAUUGAACGAUACAUUUGAUAUGGACACACAUGACACGGAAUGGUGGGACAAUGGCGGCGAGCCAAUGUGGGUGACGGUAUCUAAGCAAGGAGGGCGCUCUGCUACAUAUUUCUGGGCUGGCGGGGAGGCCGAAACAAAUGGAGGCUACCGCCCCGAUAUAUGGAUACCGUACAAUGAAAGUCAUUCAUACACGGCACGCAUCGACACCGUCGUGAAAUGGUUCACCGAAGAAAAUAUCGAUUUUGUAGCACUGUACUUUGACGAACCGGAUGGAGCUGGACAUGAUUAUGGCCACGGCUCUGACGAAAUAGACGACAUGGUGAAGGACCUUGAUAUACUCGUUGGCUAUCUCAUCGAUUCGUUUAAAUCAGCUGGUCUCUAUGACAUUGUUGAUAUUAUUGUCACUGCAGAUCAUGGGAUGACUGAUAUUUUUGCUGCUCAAAAAAUUUAUUUAGAAGAUUAUGUGUUGCGUUCUGGAGUGCGAGAUAUUGGCGGCCAGGUUCGCGGGAGACUAUCUCGUAUUCCCGUUCGUAACACAUGGAUAUGUAUCAGAUUUGGUAAAAAUCUUCUAGAACCAAUUUGA